ACAAAUUAUUGAUCAACCAUAAGUUCUAUCUCGUGUCUGUCUUUUGUUGCUCUGUUUCGUUUACAGGUGAUAAAUCACUUGCACAAAAAGCUAAGAAAUAUGUCCAAAAAGUCGGAGGCUUCAAAGAAAAAGAAUGCACCUAGCCUCGUGUGAGUUGGCAACAGACACCGCUCAGACCGUUCUGGUGGUGGUGGUGGUGUUCUGCCUGUCCUGGCUCCCUCAUCACAUCGUUCAGCUCUGGGUGGAGUUCGGGAACUUUCCGCUGACCGAGGCCUCCUUCGUGUUUCGGGUGGCCGCGCACUGCCUGGCGUACAGCAACUCGUCGGUGAACCCCGUCAUCUACGCCUUCUUGUCGGAGAACUUCAGGAAGGCGUACAAGCAAGUCUUUAAGUGCCAGAUCGGCAACGUCGACUGCCCGCUCAACGACAUCAAGGAGAUGCGCAGCAAGGCUGAUACUCCACCCUCGACCAACUGCACCAACGUUUGACUGGCUGUCCGACAUGAUCACUUACUGAGCUGAGACACUGAAACUCACUGUGAGUCAUGUUGACUAAGGGAUCAGAUGGAAGUUGGUGUGCAUUUUAAUCAGAAUAUUUGCCUACUUUCAUGUGUUGUGAGUGUGUGGGGUGUCUACACCGAAGUGGAUCAAAGUCUGUUCACGAGAAAAGCCUGCAGUGUCAAGGCAGACAAUUAAAUAUCACAUCACGAUGUAUAUUUAUGUGGGUAUACAAUUCAAAUAUUAAUUUAAAACACUCAUUUAACCUUCUGACUUUCAAUUUAAUUCGUUAAAUUUUGCUUUGUACCAGGUUGAGGUAUCACCACCCAUCGCUGUGGAACAAGUUUUAAAUGUGUUUUGAAGUGUCUGAAGAACAAAUGCAUUUUUUUUAAACUGCUUCAUGCAAUUUAAAUACCUAUCUAUCACA